GUUUGGCGGAUUGAAAAAUAUUGCACAAUAGUUUGCCCCGGGAUUUGGUGUCUCACUUCAGUUCUUUACAUUUUUCCUGGCUGCAUUUACUUUUAAGAGACAUGGUUGUUUUACUUGGCAAAUUCUUAACUUCAUGAAAGAAAUGAUUGUCCUACUUGGCAAUCUAUGCUUUUUGUGUUAAAAGAGUGCAUCACCUAAAUUAGUUUGACAUAAAGGUCGAGUUCAAGGAUAAGGAUAUUUAUAUUUUCAACUGUGAAAGAGGGAAGGAUGAUGAGCAAAUGUAGGUCAGAGUUAUUGUAAUCUUCUGAUUGAUGCUACUUUUGUACAUACUUCAUUUAGGUGAUGUGGGCCAUGGAGUACAACCCAAACAUAUAUUCAUUGUAUGACAAGACACUGGAACAACUUCCCGAUAAGUUAAAUGAUAAGCAGCUAAAACAAUAUGGGAAAUUUGAAAGGAGAAUAGUGAUAACUGGUGCAACGAAACAGAAUGAUGCACUUGCCAUUUUCCUAGUUGCAAGUGUUCUUGAAACGAAGAAAAAACGGCUUAUGAAAAAGGCGAAGGGCCUAGAUGAUGUUGUCCAGAUCUUGGGUGAGAUAACUGGGAAUUUGGAUGCAAAGAAAGCACUAAAUGAGGCUCUAAAGGUUCAUAAGAAGUACAUGAGCAAGGUGAAAAAGACCUAGAUGGAGUUGCUAUUCAUCAGUGCAGCAAGUACCCCUUUUGCUCAAUGUUUUGGUGUAUUUUUUAUGUUCAUUCUUUCUUGUGGGGGUGAUUUCUCCCUUCUUGCAUUUGGUGUAUAAUUGUUUCUAUUUUAUUACAAAGAAAAAAACUUGUUUAUAAUAGUCUUGCUAUGAGAUGUACAUGAUGUGUUAUGGUUGUAAUAGUUGAAUCACAUUCAUCAAUCUGAAAAUAUUGGAACAUCAAACUAU